UCAUACAUACAGACCCCACGAUGUCCCCCGCAUCUGUUUCACCUUCAAAUGGGAUGGCAUAAGUACUUCGCGCGGUAAUCUCUUGCCAGAUUGUUGCUUGAAUCGUGUACUCCAAUUCGCAGGCUGCCUACCAUGUCGAGCACCCAGACCACCAUCAUCACCACUCCCACUCCAGCGGCGAUCGAGCUCUCGCGGAUCCCAACGAAGUCUCGGUCCAGUGAACUCGAGCAAAUAACUGUCCACGAUGAGGAGCAAUCGCGGCCAUCAUCCCCGCAGCCGCCAGAAGGCGCUGUCGUCUUCUCGCGCCCCGACGUCUCCGCCGUCAAGCUGCAAUUGAUCUCGAUGAACUUCUCCGUCUUCCUCUGUGGGGUGAACGACGCAGCGACAGGCGCGCUCGUUCCGUACCUGCAGCCGGCCUACAACAUCGGCCUCCUCUUUGUCGCGCUGGUCUAUCUCUUCAACUUCGCGGGGUGGACGGCCGCCGCAUUCUCGAAUGUCCAUCUCACGGCGCGCGUGGGCACCGGCGGCGUAAUGUUGAUUGGGGCGGUGUUGCAGUUUAUCGCGCACUCGCUGCAGUUUUGGAAGCCGCCGUUCCCGCUGUUCGUUAUCACGUAUCUGAUCGCUGGAAUGGGCAUUGCGCUUCAGGAUGCGCAGGCGAAUUCGUUCGUGGGCGGCGUAAACGAUGCGCAUCGAUGGCUUGGUGUUCUGCAUGCAGUGUACGGCUUAGGCGCCUUGAUCUCGCCGCUGAUCGCGACGAAGAUUGCGAGCUCGACGCCGUACUGGCACUACUUCUAUUGCGUGCUCAUGAGCAUUGCGGCGAUCAAUAUUGGCCUUAUUUUGAUGGCGUUCAAGAAGGGAUUGGGCAAGGGAGCUGCGGGCGCGAGGGAGCGUGCCGGGAGCGAUCUGAAGAAGACGAUUUCUAACAGAGUCGUCAUCCUGAUGAGUCUCUUCUUCUUUGUCUACGUUGGUGCUGAGGUUACUGCCGGCGGUUGGGUCGUUGAAUUUUUGAUCCGGGUGCGCGGCGGUGAACCCUCGCACGUUGGCUACGUAGCCUCCGGUUUCUGGGGAGGUCUGACAGCCGGCCGCAUCCUCCUCGCAGACAUCACCUUCCGUCUCGGUGAGCGGCGCAUGGUCUUCUUCUACCUCAUCGCGGCGCUCGGAGUGCAACUGGUGUUCUGGUUCGUGCCGAACAUCAUCGCGAACGCCGUCAUGAUCUCACUUCUGGGCUUCUUCAUCGGCCCGUUCUUCCCUACCGGUAUCAGCGUCGCCACGAAGUUAAUACCAAGAGAAUUGCACGUGGCUGCCGUCGGGUUCAUGGCGACUACUGGACAGGCGGGGAGCGCGGCGUUUCCCUUCCUGACGGGUGCCGUGGCCUCGAAGGUGGGCGUGCAGGUUUUGCAGCCGAUAUUGGUCGGCUUGUUGGUGGCAAUGGCGGUGCUGUGGGCUAUGAUCCCUAGGGUCAACAGGAGAACAGCAUAAGGGGAUGCGUCAUGUAUUAUCACUUGGCCCAACAUCCCU